AUGGAAGAAAAGUUAAAUGAAAUGGAACAAGCUGGUAUCAUCACAAGGACAUCAACGCCUUACAGUAGUCCAUUGACAUUCACUCUUAAAAAAGACGGCUCAAUUAGAGUUCUGCUUGAUGCCAGAAGCAUAAAUAAGAAAAUGAUUGCAGAAACAGAGAAACCACCUAUACAAUUAGAUGUUUUGAAUUCAUUUCACGGAGCGAAUUAUAUCACUACCAUUGACUUAAAUAAUGCAUAUUUUCAAAUUCCGAUAAAUAAAGAUGGUAGAAAAUAUACUGGAUUCACAUUCAAUGGAAAGUCAUAUGUAUAUAAUGUUUUGCCGCAAGGAUUAAAAACAUCAGUAGGAAGCUUUAGCAGAGCCAUGAAUUUAAUAUUAAGACCAGAAGUCCAAGAAUUUUGUGUGAACUAUUUAGAUGAUCUAGCCAUUAUUACAACAGGAACGUUAGAUAAACAUUUGGAGCACAUUGAUAUUGUUUUAAGUAAAUUGAACAAAGCUGGCUUAACGUGUAACUUGCAGAAAUGUGAAUUUAUUUGUAAAGAAAUUAAAAUGCUGGGUUUUAUAAUUUCAACAGAAGGCAUAAAGACAGAUCCCGAUAAGAUUCGAGCGAUCCAAGAGUUUCCAGCACCUAAAAAGAUUAAACAAUUAAGGGCCUUUUUAGGUCUAUGCAAUUUUUAUAGAAGGUUUAUACCAAAUUACAGCGAGAGCAUAAUACCGCUCUGUGAAUUACUUAAAAAGGGACGAAAGUUCCAAUGGAGCGGUAAAGAACAGAAGGCAUUUGAUUUUAUAAAACAACAAUUUAUUAAUACAAUACAAUUGCAUCAUCCAGACUUUAAUAAGCCGUAUUAUUUACAAACAGAUUGUUCCGGUGUGGGUAUGGCCGGAGUACUAUAUCAGAUAGAUGAUAAUAAUGAAAUGAGAAUUUUAGGCUAUAAUAGUAAAGCCUUAAAAGGCCCCGAAUUAAAUUGGUCUGUUACUGAACAAGAGUUUUAUGCUGUAAUAAGCUGCCUAAAGAAAUUUGAAACAUAUUUGAGGGGCAGUAAAGUAAUAAUACUAACUGAUCAUAAAGCAUUAUUGUUUAUUAAUAAUAUGAAGUUAUUCAAUGGUAGAGUAACCCGAUGGAUUUUGUAUAUAGAACAAUUUAAUUAUGAAGUACAGCAUAUAUCGGGUAGACGUAAUAUUGUUGCAGAUGUGCUAUCACGUUAUCCUCCUGAUGGCGAUUUAAUACAAGAGGAUAAAAAUAAUAGUUUAGAAAUUGCUUACACAGAGAGCGAACCGAAUAUUGAGUUGAUAGAAAAAUUAAAAUCCUUACCAGUAUAUCAAUUACAAGAUUCAGAGUCGUUGGCUAUUAUUGAAAAGUUAAAGACAUUAAAUACUUCCAUAAUAAAACAAAACAAUAAAUUUAAAAGAUAUAGUUUGAAAAAUGAUGUAUUAUAUUACAAAAAGAAAUUAACAAGAAGUAAUAUAUUUACCUAA